CACCCUCCCUCCGUCCCCUCUGGUUUUAUAUACCCCUCAGGACUCUCUCCGAUACACAGCACACAGAGAGAGAGAGAGAGAGAGAGAGAGAGAGAGAGAGAGAGAUCUCCGUCAUGUCGGUUCUUGUGGCUGCAUCGUCUCUUCUGCUAAUGGCCAUGGCCAUGGGCGCAGCUCGGGGUUCGUCGCGGCGCGAGGCCGAUAGGGUGGGGGCGCUCCCCGGCCAGCCAGCGGUGGAGUUCAGGCACUACGCCGGGUACGUAAGGGUAAGCGACGACAAGGCGCUCUUCUUCUGGUUCUUCGAGGCCAAACGACGGCCGGAGGAGAAGCCUCUCGUGCUCUGGCUCAAUGGAGGACCCGGAUGCUCUUCCAUUGCUUAUGGAGCUGCACAAGAGUUAGGGCCAUUCUUGGUCAAAAGCAAUUCUCCCAACCUCACUCUCAAUCCCUACUCCUGGAACAACGUUGCAAAUCUUUUGUUCCUCGAAUCGCCGGUCGGGGUAGGAUUCUCCUACACCAAUAGAUCACUAGAUUUGGAGGAGCUCGGCGAUCGAACCACAGCCCAAGACUCCCAUACCUUUCUCUUGAACUGGUUCAAGAGGUUCCCUGAGUUCAAGCACCAUGACUUGUACAUUGCUGGAGAAAGCUACGCAGGUCACUAUGUUCCCCAGCUUGCAGAGCUCAUCUAUGAAGGAAACAAGAAAGCUAGCAAGGAUUCAUUUAUUAAUCUUAGAGGUUUCAUGAUUGGGAAUGCAGUGCUUAACGAUGCGACGGACCAGCUGGGAAUGGUGGAGUAUGCCUGGAGCCACGCCAUAAUCUCCGACGAGCUCUACUCCACCGUGCGUAAAGAAUGCGACUCCUUCAAGGAAGAAGGGGAAGGCGGGCGGGCGAGCAAAGCAUGCUCGCCGGCCGUCAGAGCUUUCUUACAGGCCUACAAUGAUAUCGAUAUCUACAGCAUCUACUCCCCGAUCUGCCUCUCGUCGCUCACCAAAUCUUCUCCCUCGCGCAAGCUCGUCGCAGCCCCCAAGUUCUUCUCUCAGCAUGAGAUAUGGCAUGACAUGAGAAAGAUGCCGACAGGGUAUGAUCCAUGCACCGAAGACUACGUGGAGAAAUACUUCAACAGGAAGGAUGUGCAAAGGGCACUGCACGCCAACGUCACACGUCUCUCUUACCCCUACUCCCCUUGCAGCGAAUUGAUACACAACUGGAAUGACUCUCCAUCCACCGUACUCCCCAUCCUGAUGAAGCUGAUGAAAGCAGGCCUUCGAGUUUGGGUCUACAGUGGCGACACCGACGGCAGGGUGCCGGUGACGUCGACGAGGUACAGCAUCAACGAGAUGAGGCUUCGGCCAAAGGGAGAGGAAAGGAAGCGUUGGGGGGGCUGGAGGGCUUGGUACCACAAGGGGCAGGUGGCUGGGUGGGUGGUGGAGUACGAAGAGGGGCUGACAUUGGCCACCGUGAGGGGCGCCGGCCACCAGGUGCCUGUCUUCGCCCCCGACCGCGCCCUCUCCCUGCUCUCCCACUUUCUUGGAGGCCAACCGCUACCAUCCUCGCGCUCCCCGUAGCUCACGUUUGCACCAAAUAAAAUGCCUUCUCCUCCACCAUUGCUGAAUCAAGCUGGUCUUCUUCUUCUUGAGUGUGUGCUUGCACUCCAAUGGUACAAAGAACUCAUCAGUCAAAUUAAUAUCUGCAAGAAUAGUCUUAACUCGGAUGUUUCCUGU